AGGGAGAGGGGUUAUUAGCAAAGAACACCUGAGGGGACGGAGAGAGGAGCAGUAUGGAGGAGCAAGAAGGAAAGAGGGCGGAGGGCGAGUCUGGGUGGUGAAAGGUUGCCGAGGCGGAGGCAGCGGCACCUGGGAACAAAGGUGAGCGCGAGGUUCCGCAGGUGAGGAGGUUGAAGAAGCCGAAAGCGUAAGGGGAAGUCCAAAGCGAGGGAGGACGUACUUCAGGAGUAGAAAAGAUCCUGGGAGAAAAGGAUGGAGGGAAAAACAGCCUCCUUCCAAACUCUCUCUCCACCCCCAAAAGGUAAAGACAAACGCUUGUCCUUUGACCCAGUUGAAAUGUGCAGCUAGCUGUAAGACCCCGGAUGAGACCAAUACCGGCUCAAACCAUCCUAUUCUGUUUCAUCAAGGUGUAUUGAUCAACUAUAGUUUAAGCCUGUUGUCCCAUGAAAGCCCCCUCCAGGGUUGGAGUCCCGCCUGGCAGUAACACCAUCCCCCACGGGUCUAACAGCAAGUCUGAAAGAGACCUGAAUCCGGCCCCAAGAAGGAAGGUGAUUUGGGGUCGGCAGGUGAGGCCCCGCCCCCUUCGCCAUCACCUGGGGCAAGGUGCCGAGGGCUGAGCUGGGGCGCCCACAGGCGCGCCUCAGCCUCGGGGUGCGGCGGGAGCCCGGCCCCGCCUCUCCCCGCUAGCUCUGCGGGCGGCCCUGCUGCCGGAGCGCCAGGUGAGCGGCUUGGGCCUCGCCCCGCCCUCCUCGCGCCAGGGGCGGGGCCUGUGGGCGGGGCCUCGGGUGGAGCCGCCCCGCCCCGCCCAGUGGCUGGGCCUCGCCGCGCCGCUGCGGCUCCUCCCCCGUCCUUCCGUCCGCGGCGCCUUCCGUCGGUUGUUCCUUCCUUCCUGCUUUGCCCGCACGUGUCGUGAUAUGGGGCAGAGCCUCCAGUCCGCCAGCACCACCUGAGGGUCCCGGAAGCCGCCCCCCCGCGAUGGAAGAGGACCAGGAGCUGGAGAGGAAAGCAAUAGAAGAACUACUUAAAGAGGCAAAACGUGGGAAAACAAGAGCAGAAACAAUGGGACCUAUGGGUUGGAUGAAGUGUCCUCUUGCUGGUACAAAUAAAAGAUUUCUAAUUAACACAAUUAAGAACACACUGCCCUCCCAUAAAGAGCAAGACCAAGAACAAAAAGAGGGCAGUGAGGAACCUGCGAAAAGCCAGACCCAGAAGGAAGAAAACCGGAAGCAGCGCAGGAGCCACCCUUACAAGCACGGCUUCCCGGCUCGCGGCGCGGCCAGCCGUUCUCCACCAAGGAAGCGGAGCAGCCAGGAGAAGUACGAAAAGCGGCCGAGCAAGCGGUGAGGCGGGCUGCAGACCCAGCACGACUGUUAGGAGCAGUGAGCUGUUCCACCUGGGAUUGGGGGGGUGUGCAGAGAAAGGUACUGAGGACAGACCUUGAGCUGGCAGAGCAAACGCCUAAGAGGCAUUUUGACAGUAGGCUCUUGUGGUUGCGACCCGCAGAAACAACCCAGAGGAAACCUUCAAGGAAGUGAGUACAAAAAGACUCGCUCUGAAGACGUCUUGGCAAGUUUAAGCUACUUCAGCAGUGUAGUAUACAUAUGUAUUGUUUUUAGUUUAUUUUGUUUGGAAGUUGGUUUCAAAAUGAAUCUAGAACUUAAAAGUUUUCAGAGUUUGUUAAAACUAGUUCCAUUGUUUUUGAUGUGCUGCAAUUGUGGUCAUUUCUCAAAAUCUCUCAAAAAAUGGAAUACUUGUAAAUCCUAUACUUUACAUUUUUGAGUGACAAAUUUAAAAUUUAGAAAUCAUCUGGUCAGUAGCCAUAUUUAUGAAAAGUUAUAGCCCUCCAAGGGCUAGAAAUUUACCGAGAAACUCCUUGAUAGCUCUGCGUUUGUCUUCCUUUAAGUGAACAAUGUAGGAAAUUCUCAGAAUGAAUUUAGCACUCCGUAUCAAUAACCAGAGGUUAAAGAAUUGGCUCUGUUGUUUCCUUGUGCAUUCUCAAACUCAUUCCUAAGAUAGAACAAUUUUUCUAUAUUUACUGUUUUUGAAUAAGUUUUAAGUGGUACUUUAAAAAGAACCCUCAAAGCUUAAAAUUAAUUAUUUUAAUGCUAUGUCUUAUUUAGCUGAAGACCACUCUUAGUAUAGUUGUUUCAGAAAUCUUAAUUGUAAAUGUAAAAAUGUGUUUACAAGCCUUUUUUUUGUUUUUUCAGUAUCGGUGUGAAUCUGUUUUAACAUACAAUCACAAACCUUUCAAAGCUGUGUUCUUCCUUUCAUGUUCAGGAGAAUGUCACCAAGCACCCUCUUCCCAGGUCCACAAAAGGAAGAAGGAUCUGCCUCUGUCCCCCCUCCCCAGUUUUCUGAAGUGUCUGAGCUUAUGCCUGGCUGCUCCCAGAUAAUCGUUCUGCCGCAGCCUGCUCCCUGCUUCCUGGCAGCCAAGAAAAGCCCUUUCUAAAAGCUAGAAAGGAGGAUAGCCAAAAAGUUAGCUUUGGGGGGUUUAUAGAGAAACCAGAAUAGACCUUGUAUCAUUCCCCAACCCCAAGCUACUCUGCCACACCGUCAGUCUGCUCUGAGCUGAAGGCUCGGGAGUCCCAAACCCAAAGCGUUCUCUCUUGACCCUCCCCUUCCCCCACCCAGGACCCCAGGACCUCAGCCUCUCACUUUGUAACAACAUGCAUUCCUUUCAAACACAGAAGGAAUUUGGUUCACAUGACUUUAUCCAAAUCUAGUUAUGCAUUAGCCUGUUUUAUUUGUGCUAUAUUUGAAAUGUUUUGUAUUCAAAUAUUUAUUAGAAAUAGCAUAAAGUUGUGGAGGUUUUUAAAAAUUCUUGUUAUAAUUAAGUAAAAUAAAGUUGAAUUAAACCAUU